AUGGGCCCGAGAGAGCCAUUUUUCCUGCUGUCGCUUAUACUGAAGUGUUUCCUGGCGUUUCCUGAAGUUCUGGCAUCCCUGGAAUCCGAUGGAGGCUGGUUGACCAGCCAGCACGCCGCUCUACUGGAGGAGGACAGCUGCACAGUGGAGAGAAGAGACGCCACCCUCACUUACGCCCAGUUCAUUGAGCAGUAUGCCUUCGCCAGGCCAGUUAUUCUCCAGGGAAUAACCAACAAUACGGAAUUCCAGGAGUGCUGCACGAAGGCGAAGCUACUGGCCAGGUUCGGAGACCACCUGGUCCGCCUCAGCACCGCCAACACCUACUCGUACCGCAAAGUCGACCUGCCCUUCCAAGAUUAUGUGGAUCAAUUGCUGGAACCGCAGGACCUGGCCUCUCUGGGGAGUGAAACGCUGUACUUCUUUGGCGACAAUAACUAUACCGAGUGGGGGCCUCUCUUCCAGAAGUACCGGCCCCCUCCAUUCCGGCUCCCAGGCACGACUGCAGCGUACAGUUUUGGGAUUGCUGGUUCUGGCUCAGGGGUGCCUUUCCAUUGGCACGGCCCAGGAUAUUCCGAGGUGAUCUUUGGCAGAAAGCGCUGGUUUCUGUAUCCCCCGGAGAAAACGCCAGAGUUCCAUCCCAACAAGACUACUCUGUCUUGGCUGCUGGACACGUACCCUUUCCUGCCCCCCUGGGAGAGGCCAAUCGAAUGCACCAUUCACCCCGGAGAG